AUGGCGAAGAGGAGGAAAUCCGUGGCGAGCCGCUUGGACGAGGUGGAUCGGACCAUUUACUCCAGCUUCUGUAACGCCGCGAAUUCCCUCUCUCAGAUUUACACGCAGGCUAUGAACCAGCAGAAGAUUGCCUUCCAGGCUGGUGAGCGACACGGCGUGGUUCGUACACCCCCUCCCCCGCCCCCGCUUUCCCUUCUCUCUCUACUUCUCUUGUGCUCAUGUUGUUGCAUGUUCUAUCUCCGAUGCUUGCUGAUUGACGAGCGUUAAUUCAUGCCGACGGAAUUUGGCCGAUUCGUUUAGUGCUUCCUUCAUGUCACGGUUAACCUGUUUCGCUUGUGGCAUCCGAUUUUUUCCAUUUUAUGCGGUAUCUCUGUUUCGUGGCGUAGAAUUCUACCCAGUCCAUGCUUCCCCUGUGGUUUUUACGAGGGUGCCUUGUCCCUGUUCUGUCUGUUAUUCUUCCUCCGGGACAUGCACUUAGAAUAUACGAUUAAUUUACUGGUUAUCAUGAUAUUAAGCGCUUUAGAUUACUGUGAGAACCCUUUGAAAAUUUGUUAUCUCAACCAUUUCUUGGAAAAUGGGGUUACACAUUCUAGUGCGUUAGGCCGAGGGAUUUCGCGAUUUAAGAAUGAAAAUGGAUAUUUAGUAUUGAUACGAAUUUGUGCUCUUGUAGAUGUGUACAUCUAUCCCCAAUCCUCACUCAUGCUAUCCUUUGACCCUUUGUCUCUCUUAUAGCUUUUUCCACUACACUUUCCCAGGAUCUGCGGUAUAUAUCAUAUUUUGUCUCGGUUAGAUACUGACGUUUUAUGCCUCUAAUAAUUACGUUUCUUCUGCUGCUACAGCGUAUCAUAUAAACCGCUCAUAGCUUUUUGAUCUCUCAUUACCGUCUGAAGUCCCUUCUAGAGUCUCCACUUGCUCUGCUAAUGUGUUUCCCAGGCAGUCUAGAUAUGUUUCAAUCGUUUGGGAAGUUAAGAAUUGGGUGUAUUUCAGCAUUUCAUUCAUAUUUACUCGCAGAUAAUUUAGCUUCCGAGCUUUGCGCCUCUGUGUAUUAGUUCCUUUUAUCGGUGCGAAUUCUGUCCUAUAUAUCUUUAUUAUGAGCACAAAAGUCAAUUAGAAAACGAAGAGUCCUCAGAUGCAGCCUUUAGAUUUUUUAUUUUUUUUCGAGAAUAGGUGAUCCAUUUUCCUCGGAGGUGCGCUGGGGUUGGAUAACUCGGAAGUUGGGUUGAUUAAUCAAUUAUGAAAGCCAUUCUCAUGUUCUGAAUUUUUUUUCCUCCCUAGUUUUGCCUAGUUCUGCUUUGUUCUCGCAGUCUACUUAUUCCUUCAAAGAGAGAGGGUAAAGGUAUUCCAGAGGAGUGCGGAUAAAUUUGCUGCAAUAGUUAAGGUAUUCACCCAGAUGAGGACAAGUUCUAGAGAGGUUCAUAAAUUAAUUUCGCUGAGAAAGCUACACUCUUCGAAUUGAAAACUGCACUUUUCCAUAUUUGCGUGCUGUUCUCGUGGUUUAUAAGCAUUGUUUUACAAUAUGAAGGAUACAUUUAUUGAAUUAAAUCCUGUUGGGCCUCUGAAAUUUAAUUAUGUUUACGUCGUUUUAUAAGUGAGAGUUCCUUUUAUGGAGCAUAUGUACUCGCGGGCUUGCACACACAUGCACGCACACGCACACACAUGCACGCACACGCACACACACACACACACACAGGCAUAUAGAUGUGUUGCUUGAGUUGUGACCACACGUAGAUGGUGUUUUUGUUGUAACAUUUGGUUGGCAAAACUCUUUCGGUGGAUUAGCAUCAUAUUGUUUUGAAUGCAAUAUCAGUAGGAUAUUUUUGUUGCAUUCGUAAGAAGAUACUCGGAUUCCCUUCAGAGGCAUUGGAUGUCCAAGUAUUAGCCUUAGUCUGUCCCAUUGCUUUAGCAAGGCCAAUUAUCUUGGCCUCACACAUCGACCUACCAUCUCAAUAAAAGUUCGUAGUCUGGUUGAGCCGACUGAGAUCGACAUUACCCUUGAAAAUUAGACCAUCCGGACUGAUCUGGAUCGAAAGAUGUUUCUGCUUGGACGAAGAUUUUUGCAGGUUGAUCAUUUUAGGCGACUGUUCAGAGUAUCUUAAUUGAGUUUAAGCCGAUAGAAAUAAUACUUUAUUAACCUGUCAAGCUCUUUGCAACCCAUGACCUUUAGGGUUUGGAAAUCCCUUUGAAGAGGUAUAGAGAGAGAGAGAGAGAGAGAGAAAGAGAUUUCUUGGUACUUGUCUACAUGAGGAAAUGGGCCUGAGAACCGAUCAAUUCGAAGGCUACAAAUAUAUUCAUGUCUGUAUGGGAGGAUGAUUUCCCUCUAAAUCUUUAUGCAUCUACACUAGGAGGGUGAUGGUGAUGAACUGUGAGAGCCAGCCGGCUCUGCGGGGGCAUGCUUGUCGCUGAAAUCAUAGAUUACAUCUCCAUGAGUGGUGUGGUGGGUGGACGGCACCAAUUAAUUAAUCAAUUAGUUAAUUAAUUAAUUGAUGGAGGGCUUGCGUUUGGCUUGCGACUCAUGCAGGAGAAAAUCCAGAGCUGGAUCUCGAGGCGGCUAGAGGAGGGGUCGACGCCGACCAUCGCUGACCUGCUCGGCUACCUCCAGGUUCCCCUCCGCAAUUCAUUCGUCCCAUGUAUAGAAAUAUAAUCAAAAUCCAUUCUUUUUGAUAUCCUCUGACUUGAUAUCUUCGAAUUCUUUCAGAAUGAGCUCGAGCACGGAGGAGACGAGGCGUCGACCAUGUCCCCGAGAUCGCAGUCCCAGCUCGCCAACAGCACCCACCUCGACCAGGCCAAGGGCCCCAUCAUCUUCUCCGGCGCCUUUCCUUGCCCCCCCCGCCGGAGCCUCGCGGUGGAGCCGCCCGCCGGAGGGUUCUUCCCCGGCGGCGCCGCAUUCGUCUCUGGCGACACCGCCAUGGACACGCACUCGGACGGCCCCUCCCAGGAUCUUUAUUGA